UUUUUCUAUUUUUUUGUAGGAUUAAGAAUAUUGUGAAAGAAGAUUUUACAAGCUACCCAGUUCUAUAACUGGAAUUUAUUCCCGACCCGAGAAAGAGCCGACUGAAUUCCGUCUAAUAUCUAGUUAUUGUUAACCUGCGUAAUACAGAAUAUUGUAAAUAAUUUAAAACUGGUUAAAAUGUUUCAAAUAGUCUUGUGAUCUGCAUAAUCUUUAGGUUUUCAUCUCAUUGGUCCUGAUUCAUCAUGGGACAAACUUUAUCAGAGCCCGUGACUGCCAAAGAAACAUCGAGUUGUGCUAAUGAUUUCUUGAAAGUUGGGGCCUCCUGUAUGCAAGGAUGGAGAAUCAACAUGGAGGAUGCACAUACGCAUCUGCUCUCUCUGGCAGAGGACAAAGAAGCUUCUUUCUUUGCCGUUUACGAUGGCCACGGUGGGGCAAAAGUUGCAGAGUAUGCUGGAAAUAAUUUGCACAAGAAAAUUGUCACCCAUCCCUCUUACAAAAAAGGAGACCUAGUUGAAGCUAUUAAACAAAGUUUCUUAGAGGUUGAUGCAGAUAUGUUAAAAGAUGAAAAUAUGAGGGACGAAUUAGCUGGAACGACGGCCGUAAUUGUCUUGAUAAAAAAUGGGAACAUUUACUGUGGUAAUGUUGGAGAUUCUCGUGCCAUUGCCAGUGUAGCUGGUUCAGUACAACAGCUUUCUUACGACCACAAACCGAGCAACGAAAUAGAAACAAAGAGAAUAGUGGCCGCUGGUGGUUGGGUCGAAUUCAAUAGAGUGAAUGGAAAUCUGGCUUUGUCUCGAGCAUUAGGGGAUUUUGUUUUUAAGAAAAAUGAAAAAAAAUGUGCCGAAGAACAAAUAGUAACAGCUUAUCCAGAUGUCAUUGUCAGAGAGCUGACAGCAGAUCAUGAAUUUAUUGUCCUAGCAUGUGAUGGAAUAUGGGAUGUUAUGACUAACGAUGAAGUAGUAGAUUUUGUUCGGACAAGGAUAUCGGCAAAAAUGGAGCCAGAGCAGAUUUGUGAAGAACUGAUGACCAGAUGUCUUGCCCCCGACUGCCAAAUGGGGGGACUGGGCUGCGACAACAUGACGGUGGUCUUGGUAUGCCUGUUACAGGGGGAAUCCUACGAAGAGCUGGCCAACAAGUGCUCCAGGGUGUGCACCUCCCACAACGAGGACGCCCUCAUCCUCUCCGAAUCUUCCACUUCGGAGGCGGAAGACGACGAAGACAGCAAUAAAUCGGAUACCCUCCACCAGCGAGAUGCCUUGAUUAGGGACUGUAGUGUGCCCACGAACAGGCCGCCCCCCCUGGUCCCCAACACUGUGGGGGACAAGCCGCCCGCCGCCCACCUGACUGGGCUGGUACAGAUGGACAACUCUAUGCGAGAGGGGGGAGAGCUUACGAUCGCAUAAGUGUACUUAGGAGAAAUAUUUAAAAGGAAUUGUAAAAAUUUUGUAGGUAAUUUGAGCACAAUAAAGCAUUUAAGAUAUAAAGACAAGUUACUGUAAUUGUAAAUAAUGGAAUUCACUGUCUAUUAAAUCUUGAACAUGAAAUCCUAUGACAUCUUGAUUCACCCGCUUGAAAAAAAUACUCUUUGGGUUGCGCUGAUUUUCAUCAUACUAGUUCUAGGAUUUUUUUUUUUUAUGAAGUGCUAUAUUUAGCUUUUUAUACCAGGAUGCUUUUUUGAUGUAUUUUUUUUACAUAUCUUGUCCAAAUUUUUUGAAUUGAAUUUUUCUUUGAAGUAUAAAUUUUGCUUUUAGUGUUAGUCCUUUUUUGAAAACUGAAACAUGUUCCAUUAUAAUUUAAUUUGAUGGUCAUUAAUAAUUAUGGAUUCUUAAGUAUGCAUCUAGUUAUUUAAAUUAUUGUAAGUUUCACGACUGCUGCUAUAAGUUAAAAUAUUCUUAUGAGUUUUUGCUUAUUUAUUGCUCAUAGGCAUUUUUUUACUAAAAUAAAAUCAUCGAAAUACUUGAAUUUGUGUGACAGAACAAAACAUGUGUCAAAAUAGAGCAGUAUAUUUUACUUUCUUUAUAAGAAAUUGCUAUUAGUUGGUAACUUUGUUUGGAAAUGCUUUGAAUUCUGCUACAUAUGCACAAUUGAACUGAGACAAUUUUCAAUGUAUCUGGCUCUUUAAAUACCAUGCAUACGGUAAAAUUACUAUUUUUCUCUCUUAAAAUGAACCAAAAAGCACCAACUGAAAAAGAACAGAAAAAUAAUUAUAUUUGCUUUUUUAAUUUUCAGAAUUUAACUUUGAUGUGUUUUAAGCAUUUAACUGUGCAGAUUGCUAUCAUAACACAUUUUUUCGGCACACAAUUUCGCUAUGAUUUGAAAAUACUUCUAUUUGUACUUCUUUAAACGUACUAUUAAAUAUGUCAUUGAAUUAUAAAGCUCAGGAAACAUAAUUUGUUAAUAAUUGUAACUGUUUCUUUAAAUCAUAGAAGACUCAUAUUUAAUUGAGAUUAUUAAAAAAGAUCAAUAGUAAGAGUUCAGCUGUUUUAGGCAAAUUAUUUUAACAUCAAGUUGUGUUCAAAUACCUUGCAUCCAUCUUAGCAUGUGCCAUACUGAUUGUUUUGAAAUAAGAGGGAACAAUAUCCCCCCACCCCCUAAUUUAUUGGCUAUGUUGGGCAUAUUUUACGUUUUAGAGAAUAAAAAUUAUGUAUUUAAAAAAUAGCUUGAAGCAACUUGGUUGUUUUGUAUUUUUUUAAUUAAAAAGUUUGUUCUGUUAAUAUUGAGUUAUAUGAUUAAAAUACAAUCUAUUUAGUGACAAAGUUGUAAAAAUCUUUUUGCCAUAUGAUUUUAAAACGUAGUAGUGUUUGAAUUUUUAAGCUCAUUUAUAAGCGAUCAAGAUUUUAAAAGUGGUGCCUUUAACAAUAGCACACCAAAGAUGACAAAUUAAUAUAUUGUUUUUAUAAAUAUGUAUAAUUGUAAAAAUUAUUGUAUCAUUACAUUUAUUUGUAUAUAUUGACAUUUGUAAUAUAUUUAAAUUGAAGAUUUUAUACAUGCUAUUUUAUUGAAAAAAUGUUUUAUCUUAUUAAAAACAAUAAGUAAAUAUGACUUGAGUUUCUUUUGUCUUUUGCUUUUUUGAUAGUAAAUUGUUGAGUUUAUAAGUCAAAAUAUAAGAUUCAUC